AUGAACUUCAUCAGUGUGCUGUCCUGCCUCAGCCUGCUGCUGGCUGCUGCCUUCGCCCAGGAACCACAACCCUGUGUUGUUCCAGGGCUGAUGAACGGAGCCUUCAGUUUGAUGGGUGCCAACGGGCUCAUCAUGUCCACAGGAACAAUGGCCUAUGACGCUAUUGGUCAGAGGAUGAGGACUAGAAACUACGGAGUUGCUGGUAAUCAGACCUUUACUCUGGACCAGCUGAUGCUUUUCAACAAGAAAGUCUAUUAUGAGAUCGACUGGAGCAAACUCUCUUGCAAGAAGAAACCACUGGAUACCAGCUUCAUUCCCAUGCAAGUUCCCUCUGAUGCUAAACUGAUGGGUCAGGUAUUCAUGGGCUCCUCUUCUUCCUGGGGAAUGGGUGUGCUCAUCAACACCUGGUAUGGAAGCCUGCCACAGAACGGCAUGUACACGAGCGUCUUCUCUGAGAUUGGCUGCAUCCCGAUGACCUUCAUGGGCUACACUCCAGGAUCUGGAUGGACUGUUGUCAGCACCUUCAACUGGGUCAUUGGCAACACAAACCCCAUGGACUACAUCCCUCCUUUCUUCUGCGCCAAGUCUCAGCUGGAGAAGACGGAGAGACCAGACACUAUAUUCACUGCUUUGGAGUCUCUGGCCAUGAAGACCAAGAAAGAGGAGUAA